AUGUCCUCGGCGUCAGAUAACACAACGAACAAACAAGAAGAACACACCUCCUCGACACCUUCUCCAUCCUGCACGACGAGAACUGGUUCUUGUCGUUGUGGUCAAUUACGUUUCUCUGUGAAAGGUAACACUCAUCUCUACUGUGGUUUGUGUCAUUGCAGAAAUUGUCGUCUUGCCACUUCCGCUCCAGUCGCUCUCGUCAUUGGAAUUGCAAAAGAAAAUUUCGAAUGGACUCACGGCAAGGACUCGGUGUUGAAAAUUGUAAAAAUCUCUGAGAAAAUGGAAGGAUACUAUUGUGGUGCGUGUGGUGGUUAUGUGGCUCAGGGAAUGCCCGAAUAUCCAGUGAUUGGAACGUUGGGUUGUGUCUAUGAUGAAAUGAAACAAGAAUUUUGUCCAUUGGAAAAAUUGAAACAUCAUGCAGAUGAUGCAAUGAAACAAUUUUUCACACCUCAAGCUCAUGUGAAUUAUGAGAAUCGAGUGAUUGAUAUUCCAGACCAAUUGCCGAAAUUUAUGGAUUUCCAAAAACCAUUUGGUUCAGGAAGAAUGUAUCAAGAACAAUGA